AUGACCAUUGGUCAGGACAUGGAAUCCGCUGGACUAGUUGAGCCAUUCUCGGAAGGGGAAAUUUGGAGAGUUGUUAAGGAAAGUGAUGGUAACAAGGCGCCAAGACCAGAUGGAUUUGACAUGUUGUGCUUUCAAAAAUGUUGGAAGGUGUUUAAGAAGGAUAUCUUGAAGUUCUUCAAUGAAUUCUAUGCUAAUGGGUGUUUGGCUAAAGGUAUUAACAACUCUUUCAUAACACUGAUUCCUAAGAAAGAUUGUCCAGAUGGAGAAUCCCAAUCUGCGUUUAUUGGUGGUAGGAGCAUUUUGGAUGGGGUGUUAAUUUCCAAUGAAGUUGUGGAUUGGUGCAAAAAGAAAAAGCAGAAGGGGUGGAUAAAGGAAUGUCUGCAUUCAUCUAGAGUUUCAAUCCUUGUUAAUGGCUCACCCACUACUGAAUUUAGUCAUGAAAAAAGACUAAGACAAGGGGAUCCAAUGUCACCUUUUCUCUUUAACAUUGUGGCAGAAGGGUUGAAUAUGUUUUUCGAAAGGGCUAAAGCAUUGGGGCAGAUCAAAGGAGCUGUUGUAGGUCAUGGGCAAAUUAUUGUCACUUAUCUGCAAAUUGCAGAUGAUACAGUGGUGUUCUGUAAGGCUGAGGAGCAGGAAGUUUUGAAUGUCAAAAGAAUUCUGAGAUGCUUUGAGGUGAUGUCUGGCUUAAGGAUCAACUUUCAUAAAAGUCAUGUUUGGGCAAUUGGAAUACAGAAGAAGGUUUUGGCUGAUUUUGCUGUGCAAUUGAACUACCAGAAUCAAAAGUUGCUGUUCAUGUAUCUGGGUUUGCCACUUGGUGCCAGCCCAAAGAAGAGGAGCACUUGGUUGCCUGUGAUCAACAAAUUCAAAUCUAAGCUUGCUUCUUGGAAGAGAAAAUCACUUUCUUUUGGGGGAAGGUACUUGUGGAGAGGGUCAGAAAUUAAAAAGAAGCUUCAUAUGGUAAAGUGGGAGAAUGUUACCAUAAAGAAAAGUUUGGGAGGGCUGGGUAUUAAAAGGUUGAUGGAUUUUAAUGUUGGGAACGGGAUGAGGGUUAGUUUUUGGGAGGAUCCAUGGGCAUCUAACAGAUGUUUAAAGGAUGAGUUUCCCAAACUCUGUGACCUAUCAGUAGACAAAGAAGUUAAUCUUAAACAGAUAAUUAACAAGAGAACUAGAUCAGCUGGGUGGUCCUUUAAUUUUAGGAGAAGUCUGAGGGCUUGGGAGGAUGAUGAAGUGGAAAGAUUAAGAUCCUAUCUUACUUCACUUGGGCCCAUUUUGUCAGAUAUAGAUGAUUCUCUAGUUUGGAAUGCCUCAUCUUUAGGUAUGUUCACUAUAAAUUCAGCUUACUGUAUGAGUGAUAUGCGUCAAGGGUUGGGGUCAGCUAGGUGGAUCUAG